CCUCUGUGCCUUCCCUCCCCAUCUAAGCUGAAUUUGUUUGCUCUGCUCUGGCCUCGCCUCCCUGCCGGUGGUUUCCACCUCUCAGGGGCUCUGGGACUCAGCACCUCCACUGACCCCUUUUUUUCUGUCCCAUCCCCAACCUCUGCAGCCCACACUGCCUGCCUGCCUUCUGCUCCACAAACGCAAAAGUCUUUCCUUAAAUCAUCUUCUCUUCCUCCUUCUCUCUUGUUUUCCUCUUCUCUCCAUUCAGAAUGGCCCAACAGGUUCCACUUACCUUGGGGAGAGGGUUAAUCUGAUGCUGACUCUACCUAGACCCCCCAGGUCUCCAGAACUCCCAGUGCCCUGCAGACUGGACCAGAUCCUGAAGGGACAGACGCAGCCUGGUCUGGGGGCCCUGCCUAGCUUCCUGUUGUGCUGCUCCACCUGCCUCCAGCUCCAUUAGGCUUUGUGGGGCUCCCUGCAUGGGCCACUUUGUGUCUUCCGUCUGCCUGGUGUAGCCUGGCUAUGGGGGGAGGGAGGAGGAGAGGCCAAGAAAAACGGUCUGCAUUCUAGCAGGGCCUUGCAGGUGGCAAUUAUUUAGUCGGGGAAGACUACAUGCACCUGGUCUGAGGAGAGGCUGAAGGGUUCUCACCGGACUGUGUUAAGUUUGAGGUGCCAUGAUGUGAGGUCUGGGGCUCAGUGCAGAGACGAUGCAAUGUGGUGAGUCCAUGCAACAUGGGGCCAGGACACAGAGCUUGGGGUGAACUCAGCUUCCAACCCUUACUGGUUCUUGUGGGGUCUUGGGAAGCCACUUGCUUCUAUGAGCCUCACCUUCCUCAUCUGUAAAAUGGGCAUAUAACCCUGUCCCUGUCCUCACAGGUUGCUGUGAGACUCCAAUGAGGUGAAGGAUGUGCAAAUAUUUUUUGGAACUGACAAGUUGGGGGACUUCUGAGUUGCUGCCAUGGCGACAAUCAGAGCUGGCCAGACCUCUUCAGUGGAGUCCUGGAGCCCCUGCACUUCACAUCGGUGCCCCAGGGACCUCCCGGAGCAGGCUAAUAUGAGACUGAGAGGGACACUGGCAGAGGGUCACCGAGACCCCCGUCCCGGCAGAAGAGCGAGGAGAUCUUGCCCCCCAGACGGAGGCAGCCUGGUAGAGGUGUAUCUCCUAGACACCAGCAUACAGAGUGGCCACCGGGAAAUUGAGGGCAGGGUCAUGGUCACUGACUUUGGGAGUGUGCCCGAGGAGGAUGGGACCCGCUUCCACAGACAGGCCAGCAAGUGUGACAGCCACGGCACCCACCUGGCAGGGGUGGUCAGCGGCAGGGAUGCUGGUGUGGCCAAGGGCGCCAGCCUACGCAGCCUGCGCGUGCUCAACUGCCAAGGGAAGGGCACGGUCAGCAGCACCCUCAUAGGCCUGGAGUUUAUUCGGAAAAGCCAGCUGGUCCAGCCCGUGGGGCCGCUGGUGGUGCUGCUGCCCCUGGCGGGUGGGUACAGCCGGGUCCUAAACGCCGCCUGCCAGCGCCUGGCGAGGGCUGGGGUUGUGCUGGUCGCCGCUGCCGGCAACUUCCGGGACGAUGCCUGCCUCUACUCCCCAGCCUCGGCUCCCGAGGUCAUCACAGUUGGGGCCACCAAUGCCCAGGACCAGCCAGUGACCCUGGGGACUUUGGGGACCAACUUUGGCCGCUGUGUGGACCUCUUUGCUCCAGGGGAGGACAUCAUUGGUGCCUCCAGCGACUGUAGCACCUGCUUUGUGUCUCGGAGUGGGACAUCACAGGCUGCUGCCCAUGUGGCUGGUAUUGCAGCUGUGAUGCUGUCUGCUGAGCCGGAGCUCACCCUGGCCGAGUUGAGGCAGAGACUGAUCCACUUCUCUGCCAAAGACGUCAUCAAUGAGGCCUGGUUCCCUGAGGACCAGCGGGUACUGACCCCCAACCUGGUGGCCGCCCUGCCUCCCAGCACCCAUGGGGCAGGUUGGCAGCUGUUUUGCAGGACUGUGUGGUCAGCGCACUCGGGGCCUACGCGGAUGGCCACAGCCAUGGCCCGGUGUGCCCCAGAUGAGGAGCUGCUGAGCUGCUCCAGUUUCUCCAGCAGUGGGAAGCGGCGGGGCGAGCGCAUCGAGGCCCAAGGGGGCAGGCGGGUCUGCCUGGCCCACAACGCUUUUGGGGGCAAGGGUGUCUAUGCCAUUGCCAGGUGCUGCCUGCUACCCCAGGCCAACUGCAGCAUCCACACAGCUCCACCAGCUGGGGCCAGCAUGGGGACCCGUGCCCACUGCCACCAGCAGGGCCACGUCCUCACAGGCUGCAGCGCCCACUGGGAGGUGGAGGAGCUUGGCACCCACAAGCCGCCUGUGCUGAGGCCGGGAGGUCAGCCCAGCCAGUGCAUGGGCCACAGCGGGGCCAGCACCCACGCUACCUGCUGCCAUGCCCCAGGUCUGGAAUGCAAAGUCAAGGAGCAUGGGCUCCCGGCCCCUCAGGAGCAGGUCACCGUGGCCUGCGAGGAGGGCUGGACCCUGACGGGCUGCAGUGCCCUCCCUGGGACCUCCCACAUCCUGGGGGCCUAUGCUGUAGACGACACGUGUGUGGUCAGGAGCCAGGACGUCAGCACCACAGGCAGCACCAGUGAAGAGGCUGUGGCAGCCGUUGCCAUCUGCUGCCGGAGCCGGCACCUGGCGCAGGCCUCCCAGGAGCUCCAGUGACAGCCCCACCUCAGGACGGGUGCCUGGGGAGGGUCAGAGGCUGAGCUUUCAAAUGGUUCCGACUUGCCCCUACCUCAGCCUUCCAUGGCCUGGCCCGAGGAGACAGGGAUACUUACACCUUCCUGGAGCUGCUGGCCUGACCCUUGCAUGGGGCGGGCUUCUUGCCUGGAACUCACUCAUUCUGGAUGCCCCCUCCUAUGGUGGAGGUGCCAGGAAGCUCCCUCCCUCGCUGUGGAGCAUUUCACCAUUGAAACAGUGGAGCUGUGCUCAGGUUCUGCCAGCUGCUGCCAACAUGCUGACGCCUGUGGGCAGAAUGAUUUUAUUGAACUCUUGUUCCGUGCCAGGCAUUCAAUCCUCAGGUCUCCACCAAGAAGGCAGGAUUCUUCCCAUGGGUAGGGGAGGAGGUGGUAGGGGCUUCAGGGACAAGCAUUGUCAGGGGGUGAGUGCUCACUGUGAAGCCCCUUAGGGCUCCCUGAUUAAUGGAGGCUCAGCUUUCUGGAUGGCAUGUAACCAGAGGCUGGAGACUGAUGUGUCCCUGGUGGUCAUGGGCUGUGCCUUGGUUUCCUGAGCCACCCCUUACUCUGUUCUAUGCCAGCUUGUGCUAAUUAACCCAAGGGGUGGCCUGCAGGGAGCCGUCAGCUCGACUGACUCCGCAGUGUGCAGUGGUGCACGUGCCGUCUCAGCCAACCCGCUCCACUACCUGGCAGAGUACACAUUUGCACCCCCACUUUACAGAGGAAGAAACCUGGAACCAGAGGGGGCAUGCCUGCCAAGCUCACCCCGCCAGGAAGUGAGCCAGAAACCCGGACUGUGCUGGCUCUGAAGCCAAGCCUCUUCUUACUUUACCUGGCUGGGCACCCCAUUUUUACAGGUAACAGUGAGGCAGGGAAGGGGAACACAGACCAGGAAGCUCGGUGAGUGAUGGCAGAACCACGCCUGCAGGCACGGGACUUUUCCCGUAUCACCUCGGCCUGAUUCACUGUGGCCUGGUGGAGAUGCUUCUAAGGGAUGGGGCAGGUGGAGAGGGACAAGUGUCCCUCCUUGAGCACCAGCCCCACCCAAGCAAGCAGACAUUUAUCUUUUGGGCCUGUCCUCUCUUGCCUUUUUACAGCCAGCUUUUUUAGACCUGUUUUGCUUUUGUAACUUGAAGAUAUUUAUUCUGGGUUUUGUAGCAUUUUUAUUAGUAUGGUGACUUUUUAAAAUAAAAAACCAACUUUGUCC